GCUCUUCUCGCUGGGUUGCCGGGCGUGCGGCAGGAGGAGGCGCGCGGCCGCGGGUCUCCAUCGAUUGACUGACUGACUGACUGUCGGGUGGAGGGGCCGCAGUUUCUGCAAAACAGUAAGGCAAAAGACCGGCUAUACAGCAGAGAGAAGGGAAAGUAAAUAAACAGAUCAUCUUGCUUAGCAGUUUUUUUGGACAAAGGUUUCUUGUCUGUAUUUACGUAACUAUUCCAAGCUACCUAAUCUAAUGAAGUUGGACUUCAUUCAUCAAGUGUGAUUUACUCAUUAGAGCCUAAAAUCAUGAUGAAAAUGAAGAGCAUAUCUGCAAGCAAAGCUUCCUUGGUUUUCUUUCUGUGCCAAAUGAUUUCUGCAUUGGAUGUACCUCUUGAUUCAAAACUUCUAGAAGAAUUGUCCCAACCUCCAACGAUAACUCAGCAGUCUCCAAAAGAUUACAUUGUUGACCCUCGAGAGAAUAUUGUAAUACAAUGUGAAGCAAAAGGAAAACCACCUCCUAGCUUCUCCUGGACACGCAAUGGAACUCAUUUUGAUAUAGAUAAAGAUGCACAGGUAACAAUGAAGCCAAAUUCAGGAACCCUUGUUGUAAAUAUUAUGAAUGGUGUGAAGGCAGAAGCAUAUGAAGGAGUAUACCAGUGUACAGCAAGGAAUGAAAGAGGAGCAGCCAUUUCCAACAAUAUUGUUAUACGUCCAUCUAGAUCCCCUUUGUGGACUAAAGAAAAACUAGAACCAAAUCAUGUUCGUGAAGGUGAUUCCCUGGUUCUAAACUGCAGGCCUCCUGUUGGCUUACCACCACCUAUAAUAUUUUGGAUGGAUAAUGCUUUCCAAAGGCUGCCUCAAAGUGAAAGAGUUUCUCAAGGCCUCAAUGGAGACCUUUACUUUUCUAAUGUACAACCAGAGGACACCCGUGAGGACUAUAUUUGCUACGCGAGAUUUAAUCACACACAAACUAUACAGCAGAAACAACCCAUUUCUGUAAAAGUCUUUUCAAUGGAUUCAUUGAAUGACACUAUAGCUGCUAAUUUGAGUGACACUGAUAUUUAUGGUGCCAAGCCAGUUACAGAAAGGCCACCAGUUCUUCUUACACCAACGGGCAGCACAAGUAACAAAGUGGAACUGAGAGGAAAUGUUCUCUUGUUGGAAUGCAUCGCAGCAGGAUUACCCACACCAGUAAUCCGCUGGAUUAAAGAGGGUGGCGAACUGCCAGCCAACAGAACAUUUUUCGAAAAUUUUAAGAAAACUCUCAAGAUUGUGGACGUCUCUGAAGCUGACACUGGGAACUACAAAUGUAUAGCAAGAAAUACAUUGGGUUCUACUCAUCAUGUCAUUUCGGUAACUGUAAAAGCUGCCCCGUACUGGAUAACAGCACCCAGGAACUUGGUCUUAUCACCUGGAGAAGAUGGGACGUUGAUCUGCAGGGCUAACGGCAACCCAAAACCUAGCAUAAGCUGGUUAACAAAUGGCGUUCCCAUAGCAAUUGCCCCGGAAGAUCCUAGCAGAAAGGUAGAUGGAGAUACCAUUAUUUUCUCAGCUGUACAAGAACGGUCAAGUGCUGUUUAUCAGUGCAAUGCUUCUAAUGAGUAUGGAUACUUGCUGGCAAAUGCAUUUGUAAAUGUUCUUGCUGAGCCACCAAGGAUUCUGACUCCUGCUAAUAAACUGUAUCAAGUCAUUGCGGAUAGUCCUGCAUUAAUAGACUGUGCUUAUUUUGGUUCACCUAAGCCUGAAAUUGAAUGGUUUAAGGGAGUGAAAGGUAGCAUCUUGCGUGGAAAUGAAUAUGUUUUCCAUGAUAAUGGAACCUUGGAAAUUCCAGUGGCUCAGAAGGAUAGUACUGGCACUUACACAUGUGUUGCAAGGAAUAAAUUAGGGAAGACACAAAAUGAAGUACAAUUGGAAGUUAAAGACCCAACGAUGAUAAUUAAACAGCCAGAAUACAAAGUGAUUCAGCGAUCUGCCCAGGCUUCAUUUGAGUGUGUAAUAAAACAUGAUCCUACCUUAAUGCCAACAGUUAUAUGGCUGAAAGACAAUAAUGAACUCCCAGAUGAUGAAAGGUUUCUAGUUGGUAAAGACAACUUGACCAUUAUGAAUGUAACUGAUAAAGAUGAUGGAACAUAUACUUGCAUAGUUAAUACUACUCUGGACAGUGUUUCAGCAAGUGCUGUGCUUACUGUUGUUGCUGCUCCCCCAACUCCAGCUAUCAUUUACGCUCGGCCAAAUCCACCACUUGACUUGGAAUUAACAGGUCAGCUAGAAAGAAGCAUUGAACUCUCAUGGGUACCAGGAGAAGAAAAUAACAGUCCCAUUACAAACUUUGUGAUUGAAUAUGAAGAUGGACUACAUGAGCCAGGGGUAUGGCAUUACCAGACGGAAGUUCCUGGAUCUCAGACAACUGUACAGUUGAAGUUGUCUCCAUAUGUCAACUACUCAUUCCGCGUGAUCGCUGUCAAUGAAAUUGGUAGAAGUCAGCCAAGUGAACCAUCUGAACAGUACCUGACAAAAUCUGCAAACCCUGAUGAAAAUCCUUCUAAUGUGCAAGGGAUAGGCUCGGAACCUGAUAAUUUGGUAAUAACAUGGGAGUCUUUGAAAGGCUUUCAGUCUAACGGACCAGGACUCCAAUACAAAGUCAGCUGGCGCCAGAAGGAUGUUGAUGAUGAAUGGACAUCUGUUGUAGUUGCAAAUGUGUCUAAAUAUAUUGUGUCUGGUACACCAACUUUUGUUCCCUAUGAAAUAAAAGUACAGGCUUUAAAUGACCUGGGAUAUGCACCAGAGCCAUCAGAGGUUAUUGGACAUUCAGGGGAAGACUUGCCAAUGGUUGCUCCAGGCAAUGUGCAGGUUCAUGUAAUUAACAGCACAUUGGCAAAGGUGCACUGGGACCCUGUUCCACUAAAAUCUGUCCGAGGACAUCUUCAAGGGUAUAAAGUUUACUACUGGAAAGUACAGAGUCUAUCCAGAAGGAGUAAGCGACACGUAGAAAAAAAGAUCUUGACUUUUAGGGGAAACAAGACUUUUGGAAUGUUACCAGGGCUAGAGCCCUAUAGUUCUUACAAGCUGAAUGUUAGAGUUGUUAAUGGUAAAGGAGAAGGACCAGCGAGCCCAGACAAAGUAUUUAAAACUCCUGAAGGAGUUCCUAGCUCACCCUCCUUUUUGAAGAUUACUAAUCCAACACUGGACUCUCUGACUCUUGAGUGGGGUUCACCUACCCAUCCAAAUGGUGUAUUGACAUCAUACAUACUGAAGUUUCAGCCAAUUAACAACACUCAUGAAUUAGGUCCUUUGGUUGAGAUAAGAAUUCCUGCCAACGAGAGCAGCUUGAUAUUAAAGAAUUUAAAUUACAGCACACGCUACAAGUUUUAUUUUAAUGCACAAACAUCAGUUGGAUCAGGAAGUCCGAUAACUGAGGAAGCAGUAACAAUUAUGGAUGAAGGUAAGAUGGCCGGUAUUCUUCGUCCUGCCGUAGGUGCAGGCAAAGGAUACUCAGAAAUCCUUUUUGCAACCUCCCCAGUCAUGCAUACUGUCCGUCCAACUUUCUAUAAGGUGCAACCACUUUAUCCAAGGAUCAGAAAUGUUACAACAGCUGCUGCUGAGACCUAUGCCAAUAUCAGUUGGGAGUAUGAGGGACCAGAUCAUGCCAACUUUUAUGUUGAAUAUGGUGUAGCAGGCAGCAAAGAAGAUUGGAAAAAAGAAAUUGUAAAUGGUUCUCGAAGCUUCUUUGUGUUAAAGGGUUUAACACCAGGAACAGCAUAUAAAGUCCGAGUUGGUGCUGAGGGCCUGUCUGGUUUUAGGAGUUCAGAGGAUCUGUUUGAGACAGGUCCAGCAAUGGCAAGUCGGCAGGUAGACAUUGCUACUCAAGGAUGGUUCAUUGGACUUAUGUGUGCUGUUGCACUUCUUAUCUUGAUAUUACUGAUUGUUUGCUUCAUAAGGAGAAAUAAAGGUGGCAAAUAUCCAGUGAAGGAAAAGGAGGAUGCACAUGCUGAUCCAGAGAUACAGCCUAUGAAGGAAGAUGAUGGAACGUUUGGUGAAUACAGGUCUCUUGAAAGUGAUGCAGAGGACCAUAAACCUCUAAAAAAAGGAAGUCGGACACCAUCAGACAGAACUGUGAAAAAAGAAGACAGUGAUGAUAGUUUAGUUGACUAUGGAGAAGGUGUAAAUGGCCAGUUCAAUGAGGAUGGCUCCUUUAUUGGACAAUACAGCGGUAAAAAAGAGAAAGAACCUGCAGAAGGAAAUGAAAGUUCUGAGGCUCCUUCUCCUGUAAAUGCCAUGAAUUCAUUUGUGUAAUCAAAGAACUCGAUUCCCUUGUGUUUUCUGUUUGUUUGCACUUGCACAUCCUCCUUCUUGUACGAUGAACACGCAGGUAACAAAGCUCCUCACCUCAAAGUGUUUAUGCUAUGAGAACGUGCUGGUCCAUACAAUUAAAUGGUGUAAUGACCAAGUGGGAUGGUAAUAUGAAUCAAGGUAAAAAAUUCAAACUUUGUUUGGAACUUGGAUUUUCUUACUUUUCUAAAAAAGGAACUGACACAGGAAAAAAAAAAUAGCAUUGACUUACAGUUUUGUUUCCUGUUGAAAAUAGGGUAUAAUGCAUGAAAAAAAGAUACUACACAGUUCACAGUCUCAUGAUCACUAUAAAAACAUGGUUGGACAGUUUGUUAUGCAGUCCUCAGCCAAAUCCCUGGGUAUGAAUUCCAUUUUCAUUGUUAGUGUUAUAGUAGUAUUAUAUAGAACUUCAAUGUCUUUGUGGACAUUGUUGUGAAAUUGGUGACUUAAUGUCUAGCUUUCAUAUGUCUUUUUGCAAGACAGUUAGGAACAGUAUGUACAGUAUAUAAUUGCUAAAUGAUUUUAGUAUGACACUUGCAUUUGCUGAUGCUUAAUAAGGCCCUAUUAUCUGCUCUUUGCUCCUAUUACUUUAUAGCCUUUUUAAUCUACCAAGUAUUACAGCAGUACGGUGUUCUAUUUUUUACAUCAAAAAGCGUUGGAUUGAUUUUAGGGUAUAAAAGAUACGCAUUGCAAUGCAUUUUGGAAUUUGUACAGUCACUGAAAGAAAAACUUUAAAAUGAGAGAAAAUAUUCCAGAAAAUACAGGGCAAAAUACAUUCAGUGCCUUUAUACAAUAUGCAUUCCAUAAUGCACUGUACUAUGAAAUCAGUUGGUGCAGUAAACUGUGAUUAGCGGACUACUAUCAUUGCCAUAAAUUAAAAAGUGUAAAAUAAAACAGUGUUAUGAAACUGUUGUGCUGAAAAGUGGGACGUUUCAAAUGUUUUAAGUUAAACAAAUGAGAAUAUGAGGGGUUUUUUUUGUUGUUGUUUGUUUUUUUUCCUUAUAAAAAAACACUUUCUCGCCAGUUUCAGCACAACAGGUUUUCAUGGCCUUAGAAGAUUUAUUUAAAGUAAGUAGUCAAGCAACCAGAAGUAAAUUACUUCCUUACACAUCAAGCUAUAAGCUCUUGUAAAACAAAGAGUUAAAAACCAAGGCAGCCAACUACACCAGCAAGAGUGCAUUUCCCUCUGUGUCACGGCUCAACCAGUGCGGCAGCUUUGGAAUUAUCUUCACCCUGAAGCAGUGUGGGGGAUGCAGCUCACAACUGCACGAUUCAGUCUGACAACUGCUCCUAUGGUUUAGUGGUAAAGGUUUACCAUUGUCAGUUACAAAAUUAUUUUCUCACAUACGAUAUCAAUCAAGUGUUUACCUCCAAAUAUAAAUUUUAUAACAACCUAUGGUUGAAGGAAUGCUCAGUUUCAUUUGCCAAUAAAUUGGUUUUUCAUAACUUGCAUCAAGUUUAAUUUUAAGUAAGCUUUUUAUAUGUAGAUAUUUUGUUGAAUUUGUAAAUACACUUAAAAUGUAGGUGCUAUAUGCUUCUAGGUGUUACAAACAAAUAAAACAAGAACGCUUAUGUUGUACUGUGUAAGAAGUACUAUAGCCCAUGGUGUGCAUGGUAUUUUAAGGCAUCUACUUCGAUAUUAUUUUGGGGUUUUUUUUGUUUUGUUUUUGUUUUGUUUUGUUUUGUUUUUUGCUGUGACAACAAAAUAGAGAACUGUUCUGCUUUCUUACUGCAGAUUCCUAAUUGAACCAUUCAGAGCUUUCGCCGGUGCGUUACCUCAGAUCAUAGCACAUCUUGCAGCAUCCGUGUAUAUAUUGUAGGUAAAGUACAGCUGAAGUACUCACAAGUGUAUCUGUUUUAAGCUUCUUUCGCACCUUUGAGCUUUCUAUUGAUCCAGUUUUCUUAAUGGGAACCGAAACAAGAAGUGAAUUAUACAAACACUGACUACAAAGCACAAAGAGAACAUUUCGUAAGAUUUGCCAAUGGUUUUGGUAAAAAAAAAAAAAAGAGAAUAUAAUUUUAUUUAAUUGUAGAUGCUGAAUGAUCUGUGCAUGUGGGGUAAACAUACAGGCUUACUUCUGUAAUAGUGCAACAGAUUUUGUAUUAAAAAUAAAUGUGGUUUUAAAAUUUCA